UUCGAGGGUGAGGUGCCUUGAAUAUCUUUUGGCGUAUUUUGAUGUCGUUGGUCAAUUUUAAAAUGCUGAAGUAGUGCUACAAUCGACGAAGUGCUCAAAUAUGUGUCGUGAUAGUGAUUUAUUAAAUAUUAAUUCGAUUGUAGUGUAGUGUCCAACAUGUUUCGAUGUAUACCUUUGUUCAAAUGUAAUCGCCAAGUGGAAUGUGUAGACAAGCGGCAUUGCUCGUUGCCAACAGUACCUGAAGACAUUUUACGAUAUUCCAGGAGUUUAGAGGAACUUUUUUUGGAUGCUAAUCACAUUCGAGAUUUACCCAAAAAUUUCUUUAGGCUUCAUAGACUACGACGGUUAGGACUUAGUGAUAAUGAAAUUCACAAGCUUCCGCCAGAUAUACAGAAUUUCGAAAAUUUAGUCGAGCUAGAUGUUUCUCGAAAUGACAUUCCUGAUAUACCAGAAGAUAUCAAGAAGCUGCGUGCCCUGCAGAUUGCCGACUUCAGUAGUAACCCCAUCCCGCGGCUACCGGCUGGCUUUAGCCAGCUGCGGGCGCUCACCGUCCUCGGCCUCAAUGACAUGUCACUUACCAGUUUACCCAGCGAUUUCGGCAGUUUGGUGUCUCUCCAGUCAUUGGAGUUGAGGGAAAAUCUACUGAAAUCAUUGCCAGAAUCGCUUAAAAACCUCACCAAAUUAGAGAGACUGGAUUUAGGUGACAAUGAGAUUGAGGAGUUGCCCGGCUUUAUUGGUGAAUUACCAGCCUUACAAGAACUUUGGCUUGAUCACAACAAGCUGCAAUAUUUGCCGUCGGAAAUAGGAAAUUUGAAAGCUUUAAUAUGCUUGGACGUUAGCGAAAAUAAAUUAGAAAAAAUUCCGGAAGAAAUCGGCGGCCUCAUGUCUCUCACUGAUCUCCACCUGUCCCAAAAUAUGCUUGAAACUGUACCGAACGGUAUCGGUGAUUUGUCUAAGUUAGCAAUUCUUAAAUUGGACCAAAAUAGACUGCACACAUUAAAUGAAAAUGUAGGAAGGUGUAUAAAUCUGCAGGAGCUUAUUCUAACGGAGAAUUUCUUGAUGGAACUGCCUAAGUCAAUAGGGAAUCUCAAUGAGUUGACCGUGUUGAACGUAGAUAGAAAUUCCUUAGGUGAAAUUCCGUUAGAUAUUGGCAAUAUGACGUUACUAGGAGUUUUGAGCUUGCGGGACAACAAAUUAACGAAAUUACCGAACGAACUCGGAAACUGUAAAUCUCUGCAUGUUCUGGAUGUCAGUGGGAACAGAUUACAGUACUUACCUUACACCUUAGUAAAUUUGGAACUGAAAGCGGUAUGGUUGUCGGAGAAUCAGGCACAACCUCUCCUGACCUUCCAAACCGAUCGGGACGAGACGACAGGAGAGAAUGUACUCACUUGUUUCUUACUGCCACAGCUUAGUUACACGCAACAACCAGAGUUGGAACAUACGUCAGAGGUCGGCAGUGGCACCUGGUUCAGGGAACACAGAUUUAAUUCACAGUCACAAGAGCUUGAUAGGAUAAGAGAAUCAACUUUAUCAAGAGAUCGUGAUUCAGAUGACGACUGGGAAGAGAAAGAAGCAUCACGUACUAUAUCUGUCAAGUUCACUGAAGACGUUCCUGAAGCGAAAGAGACACCAUUUGUGCGUCAGAACACACCCCAUCCUAAAGAUUUGAAGGCGAAAGCUGUUAAAUUAUUUACGAGGACGCCCGAGCAGCAACCGCAGGAAAAGGCGAACGAGUUGCCUACAACCAAUGGUAUUGUCAUGUCUCCGCCUGAAACCGUACAGCCUAUAGAAGUUAUAGAACCUGUACAACGGCAACCGUUGCUCGAAGUAACAAAAGAUGAAGAAAGCGACAGUCAAACAAUGCAGGAUAAAGAAUCAUCAGAGGCUGAAAACGAAGAUGACGAUUCCGAGGAACUAGAGCGGGACUCGGGGCGGCGCGUGGCGUGGGCGGGGGUGCGCGAGCGCGGCGCGCGCGGCGCCGGCCGCCUGCACCGCCGCGACACGCCGCACCACCUCAAGAACAAGCGCGUCAACCAGAUCGACGCGAGUCGCGCGCGCGAUCUGAUAGCGCAGGCGAUCAAAAAACGAGAACAACACGAUCUCAAAACUGACGACGAUAUUAUAGAAGAUGUCCCUGACGGUGAAUCGGUAUCCGAACGCGCUGACAGCGAAGCACGAAUAGUAAACGAUCAGCGAUGUAUAGAAGUGCGCAUCGCUCGCGCUGCGGGCGGCCUCGGUCUCAGCAUAGCGGGCGGACGAGGUUCUACGCCGUAUAUUGGCGAUGAUGACGGCAUCUUCAUUUCUCGAGUUACACCUAAUGGGCCGGCGUAUCUAGCUGGCCUUAGGGUGGGAGACAAAGUGUUAUCGGUUAACGGUACUUCGGUGAUAGAGGUUGAUCAUUAUUAUGCAGUGGAAGUACUAAAGGCGAGCGGUUCGACGCUCACCCUCGUUGUGACCAGAGAUUCGCCGACGUCAACAAGAACUCACAGCCGAGCCGCGAGUGGGGCGAGCCAUCACUCUGUAUCAAGUACUACCGAUACUGUAUCUACAUUAGAAAAUGGACAGAUACCAACCGGUCGAGGUAUUCUGAGCAAGCCGCUCAUCAUCAGCAACCAGUACGCGCAGGAGUUCGAGCCGGAGCACAAGGAGCCGCCGCGCAACCAGACCACGCCCACCAACACCGUGAGCUACUCGCCCUCGCCCACGCAGCCGCCCUCCUACCAGCGCAUGCAGGCCUCGCCGCCGCCGCCCACGCAGCCCUACGUGCCGCCCGUCUAUCAACAAAAGGUCCUCGUCCAUACGACUCUCAUACGAGAUGGAUCGGGACUAGGGUUCAGCAUAGCCGGCGGGAAGGGCUCCCCCCCGUACAGGGAAGACAGCGAUGCCAUCUACGUGUCCCGGAUUUCUCCGCAAGGAGCCGCCGCCAAGGACGGCAAAAUGUUAGUCGGGGACAAAGUCGUCUCGAUCAAUGGUGUUGAUAUGGAAAGUGCUCCUCAUGAAACCGCUGUCUCGCUGCUAACUGGACACGAACGAUUUGUGAGACUUGUCCUCCAGCGGACAAUCACACCAGAACAAGGCGAAUUGCUCCCGCGGAAAUCCACAUCAGACGAAGUGAGAGAGCACAAGACGAGCCUGUCGAAUGUGAACGACACCACAACACAGAAACCCACCUCUAACCAUGUUCCGACUAUAAUCGGAAACCACACCGCACCGCGAGUGACGCAUGUUAUGUCACAACCGCAAGUGCAUACGCAACCUUUAUCACAACCAUCACCGCAACCGCAACCGCAACCGCAACUGCAACUGCACUUGCAACAACAACCACAAACACAAACCACCUUUGCACCGACAACAGCACCACCUCAACCGGCUCCACGGAAACUGAGUCAGACCAACGGAACGGCGGGCACGAAACCGGCAACUAACAGUACGAGCACGCCUCUAACUCCCGGCGCCAAUAAAUUGCACGGCUCUAACGACGACGUAUUCGACGAUAUUCAGCCGACGCGCGCCAUGACGAGCGCGGAGUUCCAAGCGAUGAUCCCGGCGCACUUCCUGGGCGGGCCGCGCGCCGCGUCGCCCGUGGAGCGCGGCGUGCGCGUCACCGUGCAGCGCGCCGCGCCGCCCGCGCUGCCGCCGCCGCCCGCCGCGCUCGGCCGCGUCACCGAGACCAUCACCAAGUCCACCUUCACCGAGACCACGGUCACGCGCGUCACCGACAACCAGCUCGUCGAGCCGCUCAUCAUCGAAGACGUGACACUAGUUAAAGAAGGAGGCUCCCUCGGGUUCAGUAUAAUAGGAGGGACGGAUCACUCCUGCGUGCCUUUCGGGGGGAAGGAGCCCGGAAUAUUCAUAUCACACGUCGUGCCCGGCGGCGUGGCGGCGCGCUCGGGCAAGCUGCGCAUGGGCGACCGGCUGGUGAAGGUGAACGGCUCGGAGCUGCCGGGCGCCACGCACCGCGACGCCGUGCAGCUGCUGCUGCAGCCCGGCCCCACGCUCACGCUGUCCGUGCGCCACGACCCGCUGCCGCCCGCCUUCCAGGAGCUAACAAUAAUUAAACAAGAGGGGGAAAAACUUGGUAUGCAUAUUAAGGGUGGUCUAAACGGUCAACGUGGCAACCCUAACGAUCCCAACGACGAAGGAGUCUUCAUAUCGAAGAUAAAUAGCGGCGGCGCCGCUAGAAGAGAUGGCAGGCUUAAGGUGGGCAUGCGGCUGCUGGAGGUGAACGGCGUGUCGCUGCUGGGCGCCACGCACGCGGAGGCCGUGAACGCGCUGCGCGCCGCCACGCACGCGCCGCUGCACCUCGUCGUGUGCCACGGGUACUCGCGCCCCGAGAAGUACACCACGGGAAGCGAGAGCGGGACAGCAGAUACAGGCGGCUCUCUUUCUCACUCCACGUCGAGUCUAGACAGAGAUGAAACGUUGAACCAACAUCAACAGGAUCAACAUAGUCGACAGGACUUAGUAGAGUUUGAACAUGAGAAACAAGUCGCAGAAACGAGGGAAAAAUCUACACCCGAAAAGGUAAUGGACAUAGUGCACGCCGUGGAGAGCAUCGCGCUCGACCCCGCGCCGCCCACCUCUCCCGAGCCGCAGCACAAGACCACCACCGUCGUCAUGUCCAAGCACACCCUGCAGCCUCAGUCGUCUAGUGCUCAAGCGGCGCCGCCCUCGCCGCUGGCAGUGUUUACGCAACAGAAAGUGAAGACGCCGACUCCUCCGCCUCACCCCGCCGCCACCUUCGUAUUGGCCUCGGACGGCACCUCCGUUGAUCCGCCGCCACCACCACCUAACCCACCGCAACCUGUCAAACAGAAACCACAAGUGCCCCGCAAACCGCAAACGAAGCGAGUUAGUUUCUUUUCGGAACCUCAUGAAAUACACGAACAAUCGUUGUCGACGAACGAUCGGACGAGCCCCAGUGCCGUAUCGCAUGGAAUGCAUGAUAAAAUUGCUGAGGACUCCUCGAUUACUAACGAUGCAUGCCAUGGCAAAAGCUCUUUACUAAUACGAAAUCGACCCACAAAAAUAGAGCUAAGCGAAACGAAAUCCAGUAUCGUACGCCCUGACGAGUUUAUUAUUCCUCCUCCGCCUCUCUUCGCCACGAAAGUAAGUCAAAGUCAGUUAGUACACGAAGAGGCACGCGAGCUAGAUGUUCCCCUUAUCACUAUCGUACCCGAACGAGUAGUUCUUCCUGAACACAUUGUGGCCGAAACAGCUAUGCAGUCAUCUAAUUCGACUAAUUCUUCGGAAACUGAUUUCCCUCCUGCCGUCAAUUUUAAUACUCUUCCGGCCUUAGAAACUUCAUUUAAACUAGACGAUCCUCUUCGAUCACCCAUAUUUUCCGAAGUGCCUUCACAUCAAGUCUUCCGAACUGAUUUUCCUUCUAAUGACGAUGAUGACUAUUAUAAUGAUUUAUCCAUCAGUCCAGUAGGAGAACCCGAUCCGCCAGCGUUGUUGCAUGCACAGUAUAAAACACUUCCAACUGUCUCACAUAUACCCAAUUCACCUUGCUAUUUGCAUCCCGAUAAAGAUUACUUCGAAGAUGUCCCUGUGGCGUCUCCUGUCUCAUUACAAAACUCAAGAACUAAGAGUUUUACAUCCAAUAUGAUACAUUCAACAACAUACCCGCCUAGUAACCCCUAUCCAUCUUUAACGACGGUCGCGGGAACUUUCAACCCAUACACAUGCACUGUUCCGGUACGCGUUACGCAUGAAAUGUCAUAUUCGAUUUCUAAACCCCAAAUGUCACCGUCAUUUAGUUCUAUAGGAAGAGAUAUAAACGCCAACGUUACACAGUCUGUUCCAAUUAAAGCGGGGGAUGCCCCUAAAAGUGUUCAAUCGGAAAGAAGAGUCCGUUUUGGCGAAGUGACGACCGCGCCUGAAUUUGAUAGAUUUUCAAACAGUUCAGAAUCAAUGGGAGAAGAAAGUACUUCGCCCGCAUCUACCCUGAAACCCGCAUGGAGCAGCAAAAUCAAAUCCUUUGCCAUCGGCGAGGCUUCCCCACCUCAAUCUGGUAAUUUUGUGAAAGCGUCUGUUAGCGAUAAGAAAAAGUUUUUCGAAAAUGCAAUGGAAGAGAGUCAUAAAUCAUCGCCAAAACCAGAGAAAGUGUUCACAUUUUUAUCAGCGGAUGAGGUGGAGAAAUUGAAGCAAGAAGAGGAGAGGAAGAUGGCUUCUCUGUCGCGCGCUGAACUCGGCUCGUGGUCCCCCGGGGAGGACCGACACAGCGGAGACAGCGAGCAUUCCGAUGAAGAACCUUAUGAGAACGGCCAUAGUGUGUCGCUGGGCGGCGUGAGUCCGUCGGCGAAGGCGCGGCGGCGCGGCGGGCGCGAGGGCGCGGAGGACGCGGGCGCGCGCGCGGCGCGGCGGGCGGCGUGGCGCGCGGCGCGCCUGCGCUCGCUGGAGCAGGACGCGAUUGAAUCACAAAAAGCGAUUAAAAGCAUGGUGGGUCCUGCGCAUGAAAUCAUAGGAGAGGUGCCUCCGAGAGAUAAUUCUCCUUCUGAGAAAUGGCCCCUCCCACGUAUCGCGUUACGUACAAAACCGGGCCCGAUACUGGCCGUGAAGGAGAAGGAAAAAUUAUUAGACGAGCGCAUUACCCUUCGCACGGAGGAAUACGUGUGUCCGGCAACCGGCGAGACUAAAGUGCGAACCGUCGAAUACAUUGAAAAACUCAUUGAGAAAGAGGUGGAGACGACACAAGAGAAGAUAAUAUCCCUAGAACUAACGACCAGUCCCAGCAGCGAGACCGCGCCCACCGAGCUGGCGGCGGACGGCGGGCUGGGCGAGGGCGAGGUGGAGGCGGGCGAGCACUCGCUGCAGCCCGACAUCGUGCAGGUCGUCAACCCCGUGCUGGACGGCGGCGCCGGCCGCGUCACGGCCAUCCCCGUGGGGCCCGCGCACCGCCUCACGUACGCCGACCAGCCGCGCUAGGCUGCGAACUGACGCUCCGUUUUGAAGUAUUUUUACGCAUGACGACGUUUAAAUUGUAUUAUUGAUGUUGAUACGAUGUUCGAACGACGACUUGUGAAGAGACUUAUCUUUUUGUAUUUUCUACUAAAAAAACACUUUAAUGUUCUCGAUUAGGAUUUUUCUUAAUGAAAUUUUUUAUCGAUUUCAUAGUUAAGCAGGCCACCCUUAAACGUACAUGACAACGGACAAUCGGCUGAUAUAAUUGCGACUCGAUCGGUGACGCGAGUUACUCAUCGAGAAUUAAACUCGAUCGUAGAUUUCUUCAACGAGACGAAGGACAUUGAUUGAUUUUACAUCUUUAUUUGUAUUAUAACUGUGAUAAUAAGUAUAGAAUUCCACCGAUUUUGCUCUUAUUAUUUGUAUGGAAAAUCGUUGAAGAAAUCUACAAUCGAGCUACACUUAUCAAGUGGCAUUUUGUUUUGAUCACAAUUUUUAUUUUUUAUAAUAAUUUUGAAAUGGAGAUUUUAGGUUUGUGAUAGGUUUUAUCUAUUUUAAUAAUGUUGUCUUUGAAUACUUUACGUAUUAAUUUUAAAUUAUAAUUUUAUUAUUAUUUAAUAUUAUUACGUAUGUUACUUUAAAUAUUUUCAUUCCGUGGAAGCUUUUUUUAUCGUUUGACUGAAUGUUGAUGCUGUACCUGCUAAACGAAAACUUUAGGAAUGUUAUUGGAUUGAAUAGGAUUAUUGAGAUUACGUAAUAUGAGUGAGUGUACAUAGCAUCGUUGAGUGUAUUCUUUUAAAAUAUAUUCUAAAUAAAAUCAAAUUUUAAAUUUGGCAUCACACAGCCGCCUUUUUAAUUCAUUCAAUUAAUUUCUUAGUGUAAAUCAUCAUUAUUUUAUUCUUCUAUUUUUAAUUAAAUUACAGUAUUUGUCUGGUGUAUUAAUAUUUUAAUUUUUAUGUAUGUGGUGCCUUAAUUCCUCAAAUAGAUUACUGUGUAAUGUUACGAUAUUGAUCUAAUAUAAAUAGUACAUAACUACAUACACAUUAUCCUUUUAAGUAUAUUAUGUUUUAAAUACAUUACAAAUUUGUUGUCGGAAAAUGAUAAUCUGCAUCGUAUGUGCUGAUGUAUAAGAUGUAUAUUCUAUUGUUCUUAAUCUCAGCAAAAUGUAUAUUUCCGUUAAUGACAUUGUCGUUUUGAAACAUAUUUAAUGGAAGGAAUGACUAGAUUUGGUGUAUUAAAUGAAAGAAUGGUUUUUAUGCGUGGUCUUUAUAUCUUUUUAAGGCUCUUUAGCAACGUGGAUUGUAAACUAAUGAAAAUAUUGUAUGUUUGUCCAAUAAAUGGUUUAAUAUAUAUUUUAAUAAAAUUA